AUGACCCUACACACUAAGCCUGUGAGCAUUGCCGAUCUGGAACAGAUAGCACUUGACAAACUCCCAAAGUUGGUCCGGCAAUAUUACGAAGGAGGAGCAGAAGAUGAGAUUACGUUGAGGGAGAAUAUCACUUCUUUGCAAAGGUACCGGGUGGUCCCAAAAUACCUCGUUGAUGUUGGACCGGACAAGCUGAAUGUGAGGAGUCGACCAAUCUGGGGGAAUAGGCUGAAUGUGCCAUUCGCUGUGGGACCAUCUGCUUUUCAUAGAUUGGCUGGGUACGAUGGAGAGUUGGAUGUCGCCCGUGCUGCUGCCAAGAGAGGAAUAGCAAUGGGAUUAUCGUCCUCCUCCACGUCCAGUCUCGAAGAUGUUAUAAAAGUUGGUAAGACUGCCCGCGAAGAGAUCGAGGAGGGGUCCCGACAAGAAAAUGAAGGUUUCAAACUCCAGGAUAGCGAUUGGUGGCAACAGCUUUACGUCUCCAACGUACGAUCAGACACGGAGGACUUCAUCCAACGAUCCGAGAAAGCGGGGUAUACUGCACUGCUAAUCACUGUUGACAGACCUUAUCUCGGACGUCGAUUAGCCUCCCUCAGGGAGAAGUUUGAAUUUCCCCUUCAUCUACGUCGGGCUUCAGGGGAGAAGAUGGCACAAGAUCCGUCCAUGCACUGGGAUGAGUUGAUACCUUGGCUACGAUCAAAAACAAAGAUGAAAAUACUUGUAAAAGGGAUUCUCCAUCCUGAAGACGCGGCCUUGGCAUUGAAACAUGGACUGGAUGGCGUUGUUGUGUCGAAUCAUGGGGGACGGCAGCUUGACGCGGCUCCAGCCACGAUCGAUGCUUUACCUGCAAUUGCGGAUGUCAUACAAGGCCGUAUCCCCAUCUUCUUCGAUGCUGUACUUUGGGGUCUGGCGGCUGCUGGCGAAGAGGGUGUCGGGUUAGCCCUGGAUAUAAUCGCGGAGGAAUUUAAACUAGUAAUGGCUUUGACUGGUGUCACUGACAUUACUCAAAUCAGAAGGUCUACUUUGGCACUGGUCGAUCCUGCUCAUGUUGGUCUAAAGACCUUAAGUGACCCCUCUUGGGAGGAUCGUAGACCAAUUUGA